AUGGAUCAAGUCAUUGAGUUCCUCAAGGAAAACCCUCAUAUCCACUACGCGACUCCUCAAUCUCCGGACUUCGAGGAGUUACGGUUAGGCUUCGUCAUCAAUGAAACCAAGAUCCCCGCAAUAGUUGUCCGCCCACGCUCGGCUGAAGAUGUAGCCGAGCUGAUACUUCUAUUGACCAAGAACAACUUGCAGUUCACAGUCCGAGUCGGCGGACAUGAUAUGAGUGGUCGCUCGCAGGUCACGGACGGUGUGACAAUUGAUCUACGAGAGAUUUCCCAUAUUCGUGUUGAUGUCGAGUCCCAGACUGCACGGCUGGGUGGAGGAGUCAUCUGUAUGGAUAUGCUGGAGGAACUGCAGAAGUACAAGGUGACAACACCGUUUGGCGUCACUCCGUCUGUUGGCCAGGUUGGCUGGGCAACAUUUGGUGGUUAUGGUCUUCUCAGCACUACGUACGGGCUGGGUGUGGAUCAAAUUGUUGGAGCGAAAGUGGUCGAUGCCGAGGGAAAAAUCCGCGAGGCUGAUGAAACCAUGCUGACGGGUAUUCGGGGAGGUGGAGGCUCAUUAGGUGUGAUUGUGGAAAUCACCGUGAAGGUAUACCCACAAGACCAGAUCUUGGCCGGCGCCAUCUUUUACAAAUCGGAAGACUUGGCCGCUGAAGUCAAACAGUUCAAUGUUGCGUAUAGCAAAGCAAAGGAGGGAGGCCUUCCCUCAUCACUGCAUCUGUAUCAAGCCAUUCUGAAUGGUCCGACCGGUAAAGCCUUGUCACUUUUCUUCAUGUGGGCAUCAUCAGACCUGGAGCAGGGCCAGCAGUGGCUAUCAAAGGUUUCAUCUUGGUUACCAGUUGCCAUGAGCACCGUCCAACCGACUAACCAAAAAGACUUUGGUGCUUUCGCAAACUCGAUGAUCCCAAAACACACCUAUGGAACCAUAUUCACGGUGAAUUUCUAUGACCUGACACCUGAGGUCUUGGAGGUUAUAGGCAUCCACGCAAAGAGGCAACCCAACAACCCGGAACUUCUCUUUGGCAUUCACGAACUUCGCUCCGACGGCCCAAGAGAGCCGAACAUCGACACAGUCUUUGAUAAUCGCGUUUCACACUUCUUAAUCGAGAUCAUUCCGUUGGCUUCGACUCCGGAGGUGCUUACUGAAGCUCUUGUGUGGGGUGAAGCGUUCAUCAACGCUCUACGUAACACAGAUUCAUCGAAUAUUGUGCCGGCGACUUAUAUUUCCUUGACUCCUAACAAGGACCUUAACAUGGACACCAUUUAUGGAAGUCGCCAUGAGACUUUGAAAAGGAUCAAGAAGCAAUAUGAUCCCCAAAAUGUGUUCAACAAUGCUCUGCCGCGAUUCUAG